AUGCCUUUCGGAUUGAUCAAUGCAGGGGCAAUGUUUCAAAGAGUGAUGGACCUUUCCUUUGGGAAUUUGAGCGAUAAGAUCAUUGUGGUGUAUUUAUAUGAUUUGACAAUUUUUUCCAAGAAGAGGAAACAUCAUGUGCGAGAUUUGAGGAAGGAGGGAGUUAAGGUAGAUCCACAGAGGGUAGAAGCAAUACAACAACUGAGUCUUCCUUCCAAUAGAAAUGGAGUGAGGUCCUUCUUUGGACAGGUGAACUUUCUAAGACAUUUCAUUCCUGAUUUUGCUGAGACUACUAAAUAUAUCAUAAAUAUUAUGAGUGAGAAGGUAGACUUUAAGUGGAAUGAGGAAGAGCAUACUGUGUCUAGAAUUUUGGUGCAGAAGAGUGAAGAUAAUGAGGAAGUUCCAAUAUCCUUCAUGUACUAUAUACUUCAUUCACAUUCAACUGUAUUUGUUCCAAAAUAUGUAGUGAAAAGUCUUUUAACUCAGCAAGAUGUUGGUAUCAACAAUAGAGCAUCUUGGUUCUCUAAGAUUCAGGAGUUCAAUUUGGAUAUCAAGCCCACUAAGCUGGUUAGAGGAAAAGGCCUUUGUAAACUAAUGGUGGAGAAUAAGUUUGAAGAGGAGGGAACUCUGCCCUUAACUCUAUUUGUGAGUCAUCAGGGUUCCUGGUUCACCGAUGUUGCCUAUUAUCUCACUUAUGGAGACUGUCCAAGUCAUCUCUCUCCUAGGGAGAAACAAAAUUUGAAGUUGAAAGCUACAAACCAGGAAUGUUCUGAGAUGCAUAUGCAUGGGUGGAAAAGUGUGAGAAAUGCAAAUUGUUCAAAGGAGUUGCCGAUUCCAUCCAGUGAGGGCAACCAGUUCAAGAAGCAAAAAUGGAAAGAAGAAGAUUGCAAACAAAGCUACUUUCAACCACCUGCCACUCAUCUCAUUCUUGAUUUGGAUGCCGAGGAAGUACAGUGUGAUAUGGCAACCCCUAUGUUAGAUGCUGAUAAGGUCUUAGCUGACUCAAAUACUACUACUCAAGAUUCACAUGUGCUUGAUAUCCGGUCCAAUGCAGUCAAUGCUACACAACCACCUUCAGGAGAUAUGCAAUCUAAGGAAUUGACUCUAGCUCCUAAAUAG